AUGUUGGCUCACCAUCAGGAUAUACAAAAUAAAGUGUUGGAAGAAUUAUUGGCAAUAUUUUCUUCUGGCGACCCAGAUCGACAACCUAUCUAUGAGGAUUUACAAAAGAUGGAUUACUUGGAACGUGUAAUCAAAGAAACUCUGAGACUCUAUACCGUUACUUCCUUGUUUGGCAGAAAAGUCGAAAAGGAAACUGUUAUCGGAGGCUACUUAAUCCCUGCAGGGUCAACGUUCAUAAUUUGCACUCAGCUUUUACACUUAAAUUCAAAUUUAUACCCGGAACCAGAAAAGUUUAAUCCAGACAACUUCUUGCCCGAAGCAUGUCGCAGUCGCCAUCCGUAUUCGUUCCUUCCUUUUAGCGGUGGUUACAGGAACUGCAUUGGUAUGAAAUAUGCAAUGCUCCAAAUAAAAGCUGUCGUCUCAACAUUGGUCAGAUCUUAUCGUUUUUACCCGUCGGAUAAGUGUCCCAAUCCUGAAAAUCUUCGUUUAAAGUAUGCGAUGACACAGCAGUUUGUCGACGGGUGUUACGUUAAAAUAGAAGCGAGAACAUAA